GUAGCCUUCGGCGUUAAAACUUGACGGGUAGCCGGGGAGAGGCUCCAGCUAGGCCGGUGUGGUUGGACUCGAGUCGGUGCCGGGAUUUUUGCACGCCAUGGGGAAAAGGGACAACCGGGUGGCUUAUAUGAAUCCCAUAGCAAUGGCUCGAUCACGAGGGCCUGCUCCUUCAUCAGGACCUACCAUACAAGACUACUUGAAUAGACCGAGACCAACGUGGGAAGAAGUAAAAGAACAACUGGAGAAGAAGAAGAAAGGCUCCAAGGCCUUAGCAGAAUUUGAAGAAAAGAUGAAUGAGAACUGGAAAAAAGAAUUGGAAAAACAUAGGGAGAAAUUGUUAAGUGGAAGCGAGAGCACUUCACGAAAGAAAGAGAAAAAGAAGAAGGAGAAGAAAAAAUCCAGUAGGUUGUCUCCAUCUUCCUCUUCCUCAUCAAGUUCUGAUUCUUCCAGUAGUUCUUCUGAUUUCGAAGACGAGGAUAAGAAACAAGGGAAAAAGAGAAAGAAAAAGAAGUAUCACUCCUCACGGAAGUCAUCCGAAAGCUCCGAUUCAGAUUCUGAAUCGGACAGCAAGGACAGCUUAAAAAAUAAAAGGUCAAAGGAAGAUCGUGAAAGAGAAAAGGACAGCAAAACCCUUGUUCGGAAAAGGAUCAAAGCUGAGCGUGGGGAUGGCCUGUCAUCAUCAGAGUCUGCUUCAGAAUCUGACCAUACAGAGGAGGUACCAACAAAAAAGAAGAAAAAUUAUGAAGAAAAAGAAAAAAAUGUGAGCAUUUCCCUUAAUCAAGAACCUUCAGAAAGCACUCGUCUUAAACUUAAGAGGAACAUAAAUGUGUGUUGACACACACACCCUGUCCUGACCACCUACAAGGCGGCGCAAAAUAAAAAUGAUAAAUCAAAAAAGCGAAAGAAGCACAAGAAACACGGCAAAAGGAAGUAAAAGAAGCUAGCUCAAGUUCUCAUUUGGAAUAACUUCAGUUGAGACUUUUCCCCCCUAAAAAUCGAAAGUGCAAUGAGACUAGAGAAAACUGCAACUGUGAAAAUGAUGAUGACUUUACCAAACUGCAUGAGCUCUCCUGUGUUUUAACAAUAUUCUAGACUUUCAGCUUGCCCAGUGCCAUGGAGCUGGAAGUAGCCAUUGUUGCUGCCUGAUGCUUAAAACACGUAGUACCUCUUUUCCUCUCUCUGUCUGUCUGUCUCUCUUUUAUAGCUGGUGUUAAAUGUUCUUAAAUAAGUCCUGCACAUGGUUUAAAUGAUUCAGCAGCACUGUGGAGUUGGAUUGAUGCUAAAAGGUUUUUGCCUGUGCUCUGUUACACACAUGCAGCUUUUACGUUAGGGUUCUUCUACCGUGUAAUGAAAGGAACUGGUUCUUGCACCCAAAGCAAUUGUGAACAUGGAUCAGCUUCAUCUGUUGUGAUAAAAGGAACAGACUUUGUGGACAGUAUAUGCAGUGCAGCUGCUGUGCCCAUGAUCAGAAAGCUGCUUUGGGUGUUUAUUUUUAUCAGGAUAGUGAUUGAAUAUUCAGUUUGUUCAUUAUGAAGACAUUUUUACAAAAUUCCUCUUUAAAGAGGAAC